AUGCUACGAUAUCCUCCUACAAAAAUCUCCUUGACCUUGUCGGAGGUCAUGGAGUUCGAGCGGCAUCGCCGAUACAGAAGAUUCCUUGCUAGAGAAGAUGAACGAGCUCGCAGCCAACAAGAAGCUGGCACUGCAUCUCAGUUAGAGCCCCAAUCAGCUAUCCGUGCUAGGUCUAUUGGCCAAGACGAUAAGCGGCUGGAGCAUGGAGAUGUAGAGAUCAUGGCGGGUUCAGGGGAUGCAGUGUUGAACCCGAACGAUCUGACCCCCAGAAGGCUCUUAGAUUUUUAUACACCAGCAGCCCUUAGAUUCGACCGGCCGGGUGAGUCGAGCUCAAGAUUCCAUUUAGGAUCAUCUCAGAUUGCAACCUCGGACUCGGACAUCCUUCAGCAUACAUCUGCUACUGCUGCCACUACUUUCCCGUCACUCCCUCCGCCAUUCUCAGCUAGCAUAAGAAUAGUUUCUAGCGAGCACCUGCUGCCUUCUAUACUGCACAACGCCGACCGUGUGUUACUGAAAGAUGGUUCUCCACGAGAACCACCUGUAACGCCUCCUCGAACCUCAUCUCUAGAUAGGAAUAGUCCCCUGAGUUGCACUCCUCUCACAACCGGCAGGAAGAGACUCUUGCGCUCUGCUGUCAGGUUUGUCGAAACAUAUGUUCGAUCGCCAGGUCGUGGAUCAUCAUCUUCAUCCAGUGCGCAGUCUCCGGCGACCAUUCCCACAGGAUAUAACAGAGCAGUACGGAUCGAUGCGGUGGUCCAUGGGUCAGGUCCCGCGCUGAGAAUCUACAAUGACUCUCUGCCGCCGGCAGAACAACCAAGCACUCCACAGCAUCUACCGGAGGCACGCCACCAGAGUCGCCUCCAGGGCGCGUAUACGGCUCCAGUUACGAGGUAUAGUCAUCAACGGAUCCACAACUCAGGCACAGUUCAAGACCAGCAUAACAGAGCUCAUAGCCCGAUUGGAUUAGACACACCAGGUUUUCGAGGGUUGUAUGGAGGUGUGGAAAAUGCCGAUGAUCUAACCCUCUACCAAGAAGUUCUCGGAAUCCAGGGCAGAGAGGGCCAGGAGGUAGACGAUAAUGGCAAUCCAGUCAUGAAUGUGUGA